AUGGAUCCCCCAAAUGUGAGAGAUGAUGAGGUAGUGAUUGAUAAUCAUGGUGUAAUGCUGGGGAAUGAUGAUGAUGAUGUGGUUUUAGAGCCAACGGUAGGAAAUAAUGAUGAUGGGGUUUCAGAGCCAAUGUCGGGAAAUGAUGAUGAUGGGGUUUCAGAACCAACACCGGGAAAUGAUGAUGAUGGGGUUUCAGAACCAACACCAGGAAAUGAUGAUGAUGGGGUUUCAGAACCAACGCCGGGGAUGUUUUUUAAAACUGAGAAAGAACUUAUUUACUACUACAAGCAAUAUGGGAGACAGGCUGGAUUUGGCAUAAUGACCCAAAGAAGUAAAAGGGAAGAUGAUGGGAGUGUUAGAUAUGUAACACUUGGGUGUGCUCGUGGUGGUAAGGCAAGAAAACGUAUUACCAACAUUUCUAAACCACGCCCGACAACAAAAACUGAUUGUAAGGCGAGAAUUAAUGCAGUUUUGGCUGAUGGUGUCUUACGUAUAACUACUGUUUGCAAUGCACAUAACCAUGGGUUAAGUCCACAAAAGGCAAGAUUUUUUAGAUGUAAUCGCGCAAUUGAUGAUUCCGUGAAGAGACAGUUAGAUAUUAACGACAAGGCAGGCAUAGGUAUGGCCAAAAGUUUUAACGCAUUGGUUGUCGAGGCUGGUGGUUUUGAGAAACUUCCAUUUAUUGAAAAAGAUGCAAGAAACUAUAUAGACAAGGCUCGCCACCUUAGACUUGGCAAAGGAGGUGCUGAUGCACUUCGUGGUUAUUUUGAGAGGAUGCAGUACAAGAAUGAUGGGUUUUACUCAUCGAUGGAUUUGGAUGAUGAUGGCUUGAUAUCAAGUGAAAAUACUGAAACAUUUGUCUGGUUAUUUGACACUUGGUUGAAAUGUAUGGAUGGGAGGGCGCCAAAAGCUAUCAUCACUGAUCAAGACAGGGCCAUGAAAAAUGCUAUUGCAAUAGUCUUUCCAAAUACCCGGCAUAGAUACUGUUUGUGGCACAUAAUGAGAAAACUACCAGAGAAGUUGGGCUCACAUACUGAAUUUAAGUAUGGGUUGAAAAGUGCAUUGCAGAGAUGUGUUUAUGAUUCUCAGACUUCUGACGAGUUUGAGAAGUCUUGGGAGGUGUUUAUUAACACGUACAAUUUGAAGGAAAAUGCAUGGCUUCAAAGUCUCUAUAGUGAGCGAAUGUAUUGGGUUCCCGUAUAUUUGAAAAAUACAUUUUGGGCUGGGAUGAGCACAACUCAGAGGAGUGAGAGCAUGAAUGCCUUUUUUGAUGGAUAUGUUCAUUCAGGGACUACGUUGAAAGAAUUCGUUGAUCAAUUCGACAAUGCACUGAGGAAGAAAGUAGAGAAUGAGAUGGCAGCGGAUUUCCACUCAUUCAAUUGCACAGUCCCUUGUAUAACUCAUUUACCCGUGGAGAAAAAAUUCCAAGCAGUAUACACGAAUUCUAAAUUUAAGGAAGUGCAGUCAGAAGUAAUGGGAAUUAUCUACUCUCAUUGUGUUGUCAUAAAAACAGAAGGGGCAAUUACCACGUAUCAAGUUAAUGACCAAAGGGUAGUUGAAGACGGCAUCAAGAAGUCAACUUUGCAGGCGUACUUCAAUGAAGAUGAGUGUGAGGCAAAGUGCAUGUGUGGACUAUUUGAGAUGAGAGGGAUUAUAUGUAGGCACAUUCUCUCAAUUUUUGCUGCAAGGGAUGUCCAAGUGUUGCCAGAAAAAUACAUUAUGGAGAGGUGGAGGAAGGACAUUAAACGUAGAUAUGCUCUCAUCCGAAGCAGUUACGAUGACUUGAGUGGUAAACCAGCUGCUAGUCGGUACUCUGGUUUGAUAAAAUUAUGUUUCCAAGUAGCUACAAAUGCAUGUGAAAGCGAAGAUAAUUCUCUGGACAUGACACAGAAGCUAAAGGCGAUGAAUGAAAUUUACACUAAAUUGAAGCCUCAAGCCACAGUUGCAAGCACUCAUGCUUCCAUUGACGCUGAAACUGGAAGUUCGAAGAAAGUGUUGAGCCCUCGUGUUGUCAGAGGCAAAGGUAGGCCGCCAUCAAAGAGGAGACAACCUACAAUAGAGAAGUUACAAACCAAAAAUAAAAAGGCUAGUGGCAAGCGACAAAGAAAGAAUGCCCCAUUGCGGACGGAAGAUGUAUUAAAUCCCACAGAAUCGGUCAUACUGCACGACACACCAGAAGCUAUUGUUUCGCAACUACCUGGUACACAACAAAGCGUUAUUUCUCAGGCGAACUUCGCAUGUCCUGACCCUCUCGAUGAUUGA